GUUGCAGUGGAUUUGCAGCUCAUCGGGCUUAUUCGCUUCCUGCCUCAAAGAGACAAAGAUCGAGCGCGAAUGACGAUGGUCCACUCGAUCAUACAAUAGUCUAAUCGAUCUUCGGCGGCAUCCAGUUUUCUAGCUACACUACUAUACCGAGAGACAACAACAACCAUGUCAGAAGAAAACGAGGAAUCCGACAACGUCAUAUGGAAGCACAUUGGAUUACACGGCCACUCGGUGGGCGCGUUUUCCUGUGAACCCAAAGCCAUUGUUUGGAAGUCGGCCUUUUCGACUCGCGACGACAGCGUGAGCGGCACUACCAAGACCAUUCCAGCCGUGGCACUCAAGGGAGCCUUGUGGUCCGUCUUUGGACGGUCAGGACAUUUGCGCGUGCAAACCAAAACCAAACCGGAUGGCACUCCCUAUCAACGCGACCUCAAGCAUGAGCUACGCUUUGAUGGAUUCAAUACCAAAGACGUGGAUAUGCUCAAGAGUACCUUGAAGGAAAAGUACAAUGUCGAAUUGCAUAAAUAUGGAAUGAGCUCGGCGGGGACGCAGUACGGUCUCACCAAAAUUCAAGGCAAAAAUAUCGUCUUUCGACAUUGCAUUUUAGAAGAAGCCGAAGAAGAGGGAGAGGAAUUUGAACCAAGAGAAGGAGAGGAAAUGAUGUCAUUGGACUUGACGGAGGUUUCUCAAUGCGUAUUGCCAGGAAACAAUCGAAAUGAAAUUGAACUCCAAUUCCCAGAAUCAGAUACGGUCGAGGCUGGAACGGAUCAGCUGGUGGCAAUCCGCUUUUAUAUUCCUCCCGAUCCAGAGCAAGAUCCUACAGACAAAUCCAUUCCCUACCCAGCAGAAUUACUUCAGCAGAGAAUCAUGCAGACCGCCAGUAUUCGCAAGACUACGGGGGAUAUUCUGGUCGAGUUUGAACAGUCCAAGGGAACCUUCCUGACGCCUCGUGGACGAUAUGCCAUUGAACUAUACGACUGGUUCUUGCGAUUGAGAGGACAAAAGUACGAUUACAAAAUCAAAUACGAUGACAUUAAUCGAUUGUUCCUGCUGCCAAAACCAGAUGAAGUACACAUGGCAUUCGUCAUUGCACUGGACAAACCCAUUCGACAAGGGCAGCAACGCUACCAGUACCUUGUAUUGCAAGCAACGAAAGAUCCCGAUGAAGUCACGGUCAACAUGGACGAAGAAACGCUCAAGAAAGAGUACGGAGGCGAACUCCAGCCAGUCAUGCGUGGAUCCCUGUCGAACCUAGUGGCCAAGACAUUCAAAGUCAUUGCCAAGAAGAAGGUAUUCAUCCCAGGAAAGUUUGCCAAUGCCAAUCAACAAGCGUGUGUCAAGUGUGCUCUUCGAGCCAACGAAGGAUUACUCUACCCUCUCGAGAAACAGUUUGUCUUUAUCCACAAACCACCUGUUCUGAUUCGGUUCAAUGAGGUGGAGAGUGUUGAGUUUCAGCGUUAUGCCGGAGGACAAGGAUCCACACGCAACUUUGACCUUUGUGUCAACCUCAAGGCGAGCGCUAUCCCUUCGGCGGAAAAAUCAAAAGAGUACACGUUCAUGGGGAUUGAUCGCAGUGACUAUACUGGGUUGUACAACUUUUUGUCGGGCAAGAAGAUCAAGAUUAAGAAUUUGGAAGGUGUGGGAGCUGUCGAACCGCAGCGACAAGCACCAGUCUACAAUGAAGAUGAGAUCUACGGCGGGCCUGAUCCAGAUGGCGAAGAAGAAAGUGAAGAUGAUGACUAUGACGAGGCGGCGGCCGUUGCUGAUGAACAGGCCAUCAAGGAAGACAAGGAGAGCGACGAAGAGUCGAUCGAUGACGAUGACUUUGGGGACGAAAUUGAUGAUGAACUAGACUCUGACCUGGAGGAAGCUCGUAAGGGCGAUGAUGGUGGCAAAAAGAAGAAGAAAAAGAAAGCUAAAGAAGAGACUUCGCCGGAAAAAUCACCCAAGAAGAAGUCAUCCAAGGGCAAGAAGAAGAAGGCGGACAGUGACGAUGACAGUGACGGGGACGACGACGAGGACGACUCUCCACGCCCAAAGAAAAAGGUGAAGAAAGCGAACAGCAAGGACCCGAAUAAACCGAAAGGUAAAAUGUCGAGCUACAUGUACUAUUCAAAGGAUCAUCGUGCCCGUAUCCAAGAAGAAAAUCCGGAAGCCACUUUUGGUGAAGUUGCCAAGUUGCUGGGUCUUGCAUUCAAGGCAUUAUCUGCAGAGGACAGGAAGAAAUAUGAUGACAUGGCAAAAGUUGACAAACAACGACAUGCAGAGGAAAUGAAGAACUACACACCUCCUGAAGGGUCUGGAGAAGGCAAGGGUGCAACGAAGGCAAAGGGAAAAGGAAAAGGAAAGAAGGACCCAAACGAGCCAAAACGGCCUAUGACUGCAUUCAUGUUGUUUUCAAAUGCCAAUCGUCAACGAGUCAAGGAAGAAAACCCUGGAAUUUCGUUUGGUGACAUUGGUAGGAAAAUGGGUGAGCUCUUCAAAGCACUGUCACCCGAAGAACGCGCCAAGUACGAUGAGAAGAAUGCCAAGGAUAAGGAACGCUACAAGCGUGAGAUGGACGCAUAUAAAGCAAAGGGCAAGGCUGAUGCUGCAAAAGCAGCUGACGACGGGAGUGACAGUGAUGGUUCAGACGACAGUGAUGAUUCAGACUAAGCAACUGGCCUCUAGUACUAGUAGGCUUUCUGUUUUGGCGUCAAAAGGAACGGCGAAGCAGGGACCAAAAUCCAACAACCAAGCGUCGGCAUCCAGCUGUGUAUCGAGACGAUCUGUGUUGUUGUUUGUUGGUUUACGAUUUGUUGGUUUACGAUUAUAGGAGCAGUUACAAAUUAUGAUUGAAUCCUCGAACAUGCGAAUAAAUAGAAAGUCCAGUACAUCAUUUUC